AUGGAAGAUCUGGCCUUCGCAGAUCAAUAUCUAAUGGAUCCCUUGGGUUACUCUCCCGCCGAGUCUGGCUCCAAUCAAUUUACUUCAUUUUCUUCGGUGUGGCCCUUGUCAAAUCAAAUCCAAAAUGUUGGCCACUCGCACAAUGUCCCUUUCGCAACUGAGCACAAUAACCCCCAAAUGAAACCACCUCUACCGUCAAAUUCUCAAAUUAUAUCGUUUCAGAACUCAGAUCUAUCCCCAAACAUGUCCCCAAACAUGUCUCAGCAAUAUCCCGGCACCUAUGAGUUGCGAGAUGGGGAAGGUAAGAAGAUGAAGAGAAGUGGUAGUGGUGGUACAUUUAGCAGAACAACAUUGCAUGCGCAAGAACACAUUAUUGCAGAGAGGAAGCGCCGGGAGAAGAUGAGCCAGCGCUUCACUGCUCUUUCAUCCAUCAUUCCUGGCCUUACAAAGCUGGACAAGGCUUCUGUCCUUGGAGAUACGAUAAAGUACUUGAAACAACUCGAGGAACGUGCAAAGUUUCUCGAGGAAGAGGCGGUCACAAGAACCGUGGAAUCGGCGAUCUUCACUAAGAACCCAUCGCUCCAACGUGGCGGCGGCUUUGUGUCUUUUUCAUCCGAAGAGAAGCAGUACAACCCAAUCAUCGAUCAGCAACUACCUGAGGUCGAAGCACGAGUGUCGGGGAAGAAUGUUUUGAUCAAAGUCCAGUGCGAGAAGCACGAGGGUUGCAUCAAGGAAGUGACGAAACAAAUGGAGGACAUGAACUUGACAACUCUAAAUAUCAGCGUCCUAACAUUUGGGAGUUCACUCUUGGAUGUCACAAUUGUGGCCCAGAUAGAAAAUGAGUACUGCCCGGCAAUUGAGGAGAUUGUUGAAAAACUACGCUGUGCUCUGACAACGUUCAUCCACUAA